CGACCAUCCCUCCCUCCCCUCUCCGCCGGCCCCUGCGGUUGACUUGCGGGCUCGCGGACGUCUUGGAACAGAAGGUGAGAGGAUGCAGAGGGGGACGCGGCCGCCGCGUGUAGAGAGGCACGAGCAAGAUCCCGGGCAGAAGCAGAAGCAGAGCACUCCACCACACCCUGUCUCUCCCCCCUCCAACUCCCCCUUUCCGAAAGUACAAAGUUAUGGCCGGAGGAGAAGAAGAGCCCCCAAAGGCGCGCCUUGCAGGUGGCCUGCAGAUGACCAUGACACGCGCUGUUUAAGUGUCACUCUGCGUCCGCUGUGAGGGAGAAGAGGAGCGCUGCGAGAAGGGUGGUGGGGGGCACCGCAGCGCACCGACGCCACCGCCAUGCGACCCGGCUGCGCUCCGGAGAAAACAACUGGCAGCUACGACACGAGGUGUGAAGUUUGACGCGCUCCCGCUGAGAAUGUCGCGCAGGGACGAUGACCUGUGACCUUCGUUCCGAAGCAAACCAGCAAAACAGGGCAGCCAUGAAGCUCUUCAGGAAGGACGACGUCUCCACCAAGAAGGACCAGGACCACAGGAUCCAGUACGAGGAGCCGCCGGAUGGCGGAUGGGGCUGGCUGGUGGUGCUGCAUUGCUUCCUGGUUAACGUCCUGGUGAUGGGAACAUUGAAGACCUUUGGGAUUUUCUUCUUGGCCUUCCAAGACGAGUUCGGCGGCUCGGCGGAAAGCAUCAGUUGGAUCGGGUCCAUCAUGUCCAGUUUACGUCUGUCCGGAGCGCCCAUCGCUUCGGUGGCCUGCGCCAAGCUAGGCACCAGGGUGACGUCCAUGGCGGGGGCCGUGCUGGUCAGCGGGGGCUUCCUCAUCAGUGUUUUCGCCGACAGCGUGCUGUUCCUCUACAUCACCAUGGGAGCCAUCGUAGGAAUGGGUUUCGCGCUUCUGUACCAAUCCUUCUCGGUGGUGACGGCGCUUUACUUCCGCAAGAGGUUGGCAACGGCGUAUGCCAUCGGACGCUCGGGGAUGGGUUUGACCUUUGCCCUGGCUCCGUUCACUCAGCUGCUUCUGGACCGUUACGCUUGGCAAGGCGCCUUGCUGAUCCUGGGCGGCCUGAUGCUCAACCUGGUGGCCACCAGUAUGCUCCUGCGUCCCCUGCAAGUGAAACCCGCCGCCCCGUCCAAAUGCGCCCCCCCCGGCCGGAAGAGCCCGACCGUGUCCCUCAAGAGUUCCUCGGAGAAGGACACCGCCAAAAGCCACCCGAACGGCUCCUCGCAUUUGUCCAACGGCGUCCGGCUUGCGGCGCCUCCCGACGGCGCCCUGGUUCCCGCGGCGCCGUCGGACAAGCCCCAAGACUGCGGAUCGGUUCUCAAUGGCCACGAGAGCCUCCGCCAAAACCCGAGUCCGCGUAAGCCCGCCGCCGACGGCUCCCCGGAACUCAACGGCACCUCCAACGGGUCCGCCCCCGUUGGAGUCCUCUCCGUCCACGGCGAAGAGAGCCCCCCGAAAGCCAAAGUACUGGAUUUUUCCUUACUCAAGGACCCGUUCUUUUGCAUCUACACGUGGUCUUUGGUCUUCAGCCAGCUGGCCUACUUCAUCCCCUACUUCCACCUGUCCGCCCGAGCCCGAACCCUGGGCAUCGACCCCAUGGACGCCUCCUUUAUCAUCUCUGUGGCGGGCAUCACGGAGACCAUCGCCCAGCUGGCCUCGGGCUGGGUGACCGACCGCAACCUGGUCCACAAGUAUCACUACCACAAGGCUUACCUGAUCCUCUGCGGCCUGGUCAACCUGCUCUCCCCGCUGGCCACCUCCUACAUCCUGCUCAUGGUCUACGCCGUCUUCUUUGCCAUCUUCUGCGGCGGCUACAUGGCUCUGCUGCUACCCGUUCUGGUGGAUCUGGUGGGGGCAGAGAAACUCAACAACUCCAUGGGCUUCUCCAUGUUCUUUGUGGGCCUGGGCUGCCUCACGGGUCCUCCUCUGGCAGGCUUCCUGUACGACUACACGCAGACUUACGACUGCUCCUUCUACCUGGCCGGACUCUGCUACCUGCUCUCCUCCCUGUCGCUCUUCAUGGAGCCGCUGGCCCAACGCUGGAGAGCCCGGCACAGCAAAGCGUCCCAGGCCACGACGGCGCCGAGCGGCUGCAGGAUCAACGGCUGCUUCACCCCAGACCGCAACGGCGACGUAUAAGAGCCAAGCGGCAAGUCGGGGGACCUUCUCGGGUAGCCCUUCUCGCCUUGGGACAUCACCCAAGGCUUCACGGGACUGGCAGACAAAAACGUCCAAAAGCCAAAAUGAUAGCGUAUAGAAAAAGUACAUUAUACGAUAUGUCUACAAUCCAUUGUUUGCAUAAGAGGCACAUUUUGAAUGGUGGCAACUUUGCGUAACGCCGACUCUCGCCAUGUUGAAAAUAAGCUAUGCAAAAGUUUGCUUUUCACCAGAAGCACACGCCGUCUAAAAAAAAAAAAAAGUUAAAAAGUGGUUCCGCUCGCACUGAAGCACCUCCGGGCCAAAUUGGGACGAGUUACAUGACUUGUACUUCCAUCCGCCGACGUGCACGUGUCUCGUUGCGCGCAGGUCGAGGCCAAGCAGGCGGCGCAAUAUGGGGCUCGUGGGACGCUUGUACUGGAGUGUUCAAAACAACUCGUUUUAUCCUUUGCAAUUUCGCCGCGCGGUUUUUUUUUACAUAAAAAAAAAAUUUCAACCUGAUUUUUGCCAAAUUGACCCGUUUUAAAGAAUCUCGAGCAGUUUUUUUACAUCAUUUUUUUUCAAGAAGAACACAUUUAUUUCCAUAAAAGUUUUUUGUUUUAACUUUAAAAUGGGUCAAUUUGACCCUUUUAAAAAUGGAUCUAUCCAUUCAUUUUCCUUGACUUCAUCUGGGGUCAGGUUGCGGGGGCAGCAACCUCAACAGAGAAGCACAGGCCUCCCAUUUUAUUUCAUAUUUAAGAAUUUAUAUUUUAUUGUGACUUUUUUUAUGACAUAUUUUCAAACUUUAACCUCUUUUAAAAGGUGUUUUUGUUGAUUUUGUUCAGCUGAAAUUAGGAUCCAGAAAGCCUUCGAUAUCAUUUCCCAUAAAAUUAGGUGGCUUACAGCUAAGCAUGAACAACACUCGUCAAGUCGGAGUUCGAAUCUGGACUGCGGCUGGGUCGGAUUCCGCAUUCCAUAAACAUGCAUGUUGGGUGCUCUGAAAAUUGUCCGAAUGUGUCGCUGCCCUUAAUCGGAGUCUAAAUGCUUUUCUCUACUGACACUGUUAUUGGCUGGUGACCAGUUCAGGGUGUACCCGGGACUGGUCACCCACCAGAAGUCAGCUGGCCUCCUGCUCACCCAAAUGAGGAGAAUCGCAAAAGAGGAUGGAUGUGCGUGUAUAGACGGUCGUUCUUCGUUUUGCCUUACUUUUCUGUCACUUUUUUCCUCCUUUGAGCACCCGGAUCUGCAGAAGCUUUUUUUUUUUUUUUUUUAAGGAGCAGCUGAUAAAGAGCACAAAAACACUGAUCUUAUGUUGCCACACAUUGGCUGGGAGGCGAGCGCUGACUAAUGUAGCUGCUUUUCUUUCUUUUUUUUUAAAUUCAAAUGUGAUCGCCAGCAAGUGGAACAAAUUGUACCGAUGCCUUCUUCUGCGAUUUUUGACAACAGAACUGAUCUUUAUUUUACAAAACGCCAUUUUGCAGCAUCAGCACGACUCCUCCGGCUACCUCGCGCGCGCACGCGCAUAUACACACACACGCACGCGCAUACACCUAUUCAAUCGGUAAAUUUGAGCAGGCUCAGCUUUAUUUCCGCGAUGAAUUCCUUCAAUUUACGUGAGGUGUCAUGGAACGGCAACCCAUGGGAUUCUUAUGCAAGUCUUCCGGACAUUUUUUUUUCUACUUUCUUUUCCACCACCGUUUGCCUUAGCGGGUACACUGCGGCACUACUUCCUGUGAUGUCAGCCAAAGACGUGGGAAACUUCCUUUCAGGCUUGGUUUUCGAAUUGCUCCAUACUCUCGGUUUUGUUACACUGCCCCCAAGUGGCAGACGAGGGCUACUACUCCAAGAAUGCCAGCUCAAUGAGGUCUUGUUCUUCCCCCUCAAGUCACUUGCACAAUACUCCACUGAGCCCCGGGGCCUUUUUGUGUUGCUGUUGCAAUCACCGCAGCGGUCACAAUGUACAAAAGCCCCCUCUGCCCCCCCCCCUUCUCUCUUUCUCACGGGUUGCGUUCAAGGGCCAAGCCACAUUUCUUGUAAAGCAUUUUAAGAUGCUUUCGAUUGGGGUCUUAUUACUACCUGUCGCCUAUUAUGUCAAGAGCGUUUUGCUUGGCAGUUGAGUUCAACUGCGUUUUAUUCUGGCUAACUGAUCGACAAUGUAGAAAACGUCGCGUGCUUUUAAUCAAUCAAAAACAUUCGGUUGUUUCUGUUGGUUCAUUUUUAAAUACACAUACGCCAGCUGAAAUAAAACUGACAUGUAA